AGUUGCAUGUUCGCGACUCGAUAUUCGGUUCGGUUUCCUCAUUGUUUUCUCGCUUUUCUCGGUUUUCUCUAUUUAUUGUAAUUUCUUUUUUUUUUCUCUUAUUUUUUUUCUCGAUUUUUCGGAAUUUUUACCGAAUUUUUGUUUGCUUUUUUGGGCCGCUCGCGUGCGCUGUGCAUAUUGGAAAUCGCCUCCCCCCAUUUACCAACCAUUUUGCCCAGCAAAAGCAACGCCAAAUAACACAAAAAAAGAAAAAACAUUCGGGGAAUUCUAAUUGAGUGCGCGCUAAUGCGUUAAACUGCUAGCCAAAUUGUUUUUAAGCCAAAGUGAAAGGCAAAAGGCCCUUUGGCUGCUGUUUGUUAGUGUUUCGCUUUCCAUUUGAGUGGAAAUUACAUCCAUAAUUACGCCUAAUCAGUCGAUUACUGUCAUCGCAAACACGCAGCUAUCCGCAGACUCACCGCGGCGUUUGAUGACCACACACAUGAGUGCCAGAUCGAACUGAGACCGAUUUGGGAUAAGACACGCUCCCCCAAUUACCUGUCACUGACCACCCCACUUGGCCAGUUAGCUCGAGAAGCAGCAGCAGCAGCAGCAGCCCAAAAAAAAGCGAGGAAAAGUUGAAGUAUCGUCAUCGGAAGCAGGGCGAACCUUCACCAUGGGCAAGAAGAACUCCAAAUUGAAGCAGGACACCAUCGAUCGGCUGACAACGGACACAUACUUCACUGAAAAGGAAAUUCGUCAAUGGCACAAGGGCUUUCUCAAAGACUGUCCGAAUGGCUUGCUGACCGAACAAGGCUUCAUCAAAAUCUAUAAGCAAUUCUUCCCCGACGGAGACCCCAGCAAGUUUGCCUCCCUGGUCUUUCGCGUCUUCGAUGAGAAUAAUGAUGGUGCCAUUGAGUUCGAGGAGUUCAUUCGGGCCCUGUCCAUCACAUCACGCGGAAACCUGGACGAGAAGCUGCACUGGGCUUUCCGCUUGUACGACGUGGACAACGAUGGCUACAUAACCCGCGAGGAGAUGUACAACAUAGUGGACGCCAUCUAUCAGAUGGUAGGACAACAGCCGCAGACGGAGGACGAGAACACGCCGCAGAAGCGAGUGGACAAGAUCUUCGAUCAGAUGGACAAGAACCACGACGAUCGACUGACGCUGGAGGAGUUCCGCGAGGGCAGUAAAGCUGAUCCACGUAUAGUGCAGGCGUUAAGUUUAGGUGGUGAUUAACCGCGGCACCUGUAGUCCAGCCUCGGAGGAGGGGGAGGGGGAGUGGUUGGGGUGGGAGCGAUAGUGACUAAGCAAUCAAGGAUGCGGAGGGUCAAAGGUCGCCCCGCAAGCACGUUAACACACCACGCCCACGUGUACCAUAUGCCAUUUGACCUUUGCGGGGGCACUUCGAUAGCCCCCCUACUCCCCCUUCCACACACACACACACCCACACAGCAUCACACACAAACACACACACACCCACAGAGUUUAGCCCCUUGGGAACUCGUCUUAAGUGAAAUUCCAACUAAUAGCAAAUUAUUUACGCAUAUUUACAUGAUUUUCCUAAUAGCAACCAACAACAGCCCAGCUGCAUAAAGCUGAAAAGAAAAACAAGAAAAAACAAAAUUGGUUAAUAAACAAUUCGUAAAAGAAAUGGAAAACAAAACAACACCAAUUUAAGUCGAGAGAACGCUUUUUUAAAAACCCAUUUAACUCGUAUUUGUGUAUGCGGUAGCAUGGAUGAAUAUAGGGUAUUAAAUAAAUGAAAAACCUACAUAAAUUAACUAUAAGGCACUUGCUCUAUGAUGAUCUUAGGCAUUUUUAUUGAAAUGCUUGCCAAGCAAACGAGAAACUCAAAUUGACAACUAUCGCGAUUAAUUAGGCCGGUGAAUAGUUGCAAUUUUUUUUGUUGCGAAAACCAAAAUCAUAGAUAAUACAAUACUAAGCUGAUACUAAUGCCUAUAAUAUCUGCAUACAUAUAUACUGGUACUUGUACCGAUACUAAUUCGCUAUUGGCUUAGACGCCCCUCGAUUGUUAAUUUUGAAUUUGUUUAUUUGCCCAGCCAGCUGGCUCUAACUGUUGAUAAUCGAAAUUGAAGCUAUUAAAUUAAGCCAAAGACGCCACACACUGACACACAGUCCUAUUUACUCUCAAGCUAAACAAGAUAAUCGAAUCGACUCUAUUAACUCAAAGUCCUUAAGAGUCCUUGAAAUUAGUGGACAAACAUGCAUGUGGAUAACGUAGCGCUAUGAAGCAUGUGAAGCUUGUGUACUCCUCUUGGAUGCCCCGAUUCUUUAGUCUCCAUUCUGCAUUCUUCAUUCUUCAAUCUUUCCCCCCCCAUUGAGCUUGACAAUCAACCUGAUUUUGCUGCGAAUCAUCUAAUGGUUCCACUCACCCGUUCACCUCAAGAUUUCAUGUCAUCGGCGGCACAGGAGGAGGCCACUCUUUGGGUUUUAAAGAAGACUCUUUGAUAGAACUUUAAUCCUUUUCUAUGUGUUUAUUGUGCAUGCCUUACCAGAGCAACGAUAAUAUCAAAUUGUGUAUCUCUACUCGUAUUUGUACUUGUUUUUACACCUCACCAGAGCUUGAAAAUAUAUCGUAUGGGGGAUAUCCCUAUAAUGCCUUACCCCAAAAAACAAAAGUAAACAUAGACUCACUCUAUAUCUCUCUCUCUCUCUCUCUCCAUCUAUCUCUAUCGCUCCAUCUCUCUCUAUCGCUCCAUCUCUCUCUAUCGCUCCAUCUCUCUCUGAAACACACGUAUGAUUUUCGAUUUGAUUAUCCUUUUCGUUUGAUGAGCUUCUUCUGCUGCUUGUAAUUCACAAGAAGAGCCAUCUAAUCACCAUGCUAAAAUAAUUUCUAUAUUUUAUAUGUGGUUCAGCUUUAGAUUGUAAAGGAAGCGUUAUUGUAAACAUAUUAUUAUUAUCUCAAUAGCCAGUCAACUGAACACGUUUAUAAGAUCCAUAUCCAACUAUUCCUAUCUAUCCCAUCCAAAAUCGAUCGCCCUCAUCCGCAUUAAACGCGAAUCGUAGUGUUUGCAUUGUAGAAACUCGAAAUUCAGCUUCCCGCUUAGAAAACCAAAACCAAAAUCAAAAAUUUAACCGAAAUCGAUAUGCUAGCCAAAGACUUUUGCUUUGUCGCUGAGGUUUCAGAUUGGAUCGGCCCUAGAUAAUGCUUGUCUCAUCCUCUCUGACACCGAUAUUCCGAAUCCAAAUCCGAUUCCCAAAUCCGAUUCCAAAUCCGAUUCCAAAUCCGAUUCCGAGGUUUCCACCAUAUAUUUUUUUGAUUGCCCAGCACCCGAUACAUAUUUCUAGUUGUACACUCGUAUUUAAAUAUACCUAGGUAAUGGCCAAAUAAAUUGAUAUACACACCAAUAUAUAUAAUAUAUAUAGAGAGAGAAAUAUAUAUGUAUAUAAAUAUAUAUAUAUACACACACACAGCUAUUGAUAAUUAUAUAUACAUAUAUUAUUAUAUAUAUAGAAGUCCCCAUUUGUAUUUUACUUGUGCAAUUUGCAAAUUGUUUUUGCAUAGAUUUAUUGUUGGAAACGAUUUGAAUUUAAGAAGACACUCACACCUACACUGCACAAGAUUGCAUGCCUUUCUGUCCUCGAAAAAAAGUAAAAAUAAAAAUAAAUAAAAACUGAGUAAAUCAAGCGAAGCUGAGAAGAUAUCGAUAUCUAAAUAUACGAAACUAUGAGUAUACCUAUACAUAUGUGCAACAGAUACAAAUCAACAGGUCGAUGGAAAACCAAACUAAAACCAACUGCAGCAACAAUCAAUUUUCGCGCUUCUUACACUCAAACUUUCGAAUUAUUGUGAGCUACAUACAUAUAUUGUACAUACAUACAACGGCGAAAAGUUGAAAGAAAAUCCAGCAUAGACUAUAAGAAAAUCCCAUACUCACUCACACGUAUUGCUAUAAAAGCCAAUAAGCUUAACGAUAAUCUCAAAAAAACCCCUUUUGUCGACUACUCUAUUGAUAUGGAUAUAUUUUUUUUGGGUAUCUAGUAAGCUAGUACAUUGAUAACGUUAAUGAUACUGAUAGCGGAUGAAAACCUUACUUUGUGUGCAUUAUAUUCAACAUAAGCAAUACUUAAUUUAGCAUUCGAAUGCAUUAAGCAAUGUUUAUUAACAAUUAAAUCGAUUCUAAACUUAAACCCCCAAAUGGAAACUCAUUCUCACACUGCGUACUACACACACACGUUCUACAUUCGACAUUCUACACACAAACACAUACCUAACAAGUUUUUGGAAUUAUCGCGAAAAGAAUAAGAUAAACUUAAAGCAAACAAAAACCGAAUGUGCAGUUUUAUUUCACUUCAGUUGGCUUAGGAUUAAAUACUGUAUAGCUAUCCUGGAAUAAUCGGGUGCUUAAUCCCAU